CCCGAGGACGCGGUUCUCACCCUCCACUACAACUACACCGGGAAGCUGCACGCCGGGCGUUACCGGGGGGGCCUUCGCCCCGAGACCCUCCUCUUCCUCCUCGUCUGCGGUUUCAUCGUGGUGGAGAACCUGGUGGUGCUGGUGACCAUCUGGAGGACCAAGAAGCUCCACUCCCCCAUGUUCUACCUGCUGGGCAACCUCACCCUCUCCGACCUGUUGGCCGGCGUCGCCUACACCGCCAACAUCGUCCUCUCCGGCGCCAACACCUUACGGUUGACGCCGGCGUUGUGGUUCUUGAGGGAAGGCGGAGUCUUCCUCACCUUGGCCGCCUCGGUCUUGAGCUUGUUGGCCAUCGCGGUCGAGCGUCACCUCACCAUGGCGCGGGUACGGGUGACGCGGGGGGACAAGAGGGGACGGAUGUGGUCGUUGGUGGCGGCGAGUUGGGGGGUUUCGGUGGCGUUGGCGGCGUUGCCGGGGCUGGGGUGGAACUGCCUGGGCGACCUCCCGGCCUGCUCCACCGUCCUCCCCCUCUACUCCAAACGCUACGUCUUCUUCUGCGUCGCCGUCUUCCUCGCCAUCCUCCUCACCAUCGUCGUCCUCUACGCUCGCCUUUACCGCGCCGUCCGGCGAUCGGCCAACCUCCGCCCUUCGCCGAAAUCCCCCGCCCUGUUGAAGACGGUGACGGUGGUGGUGGGGACCUUCAUCGCCUGUUGGUCCCCCCUCUUCCUCCUCCUGCUGCUGGACGCCUGGUGCUGCCCGCGGGCGUGCGCGGUGCUCUACCACGCCGACUACUUCUUGGGCUUGGCCAUGGCCAACUCUUUACUCAACCCCCUCAUCUACACC